AUCGUGACGUCAUAGCGGCGCUUGAUUCUGAUUGGCUUGCUAAAGACCACAGUCGUCAUGUAUUCGACACCAAUAAGCUGCUAAUGCCGAUAUAUAACGGAGCAUUUCUGUGCCAUACGCUGGAAACCAAACGACUGGAAUUGGCACUCGUUUUUAAAUCGCGCCCCCAAAGACUAAGAAAACAUAAAGAUGUCGUCUAAAUACGUCCUCAUUCUUCUAGAACUCUGCCUUACUUUGAUGGUGUCCUCUUCCGUAAUAAAGCGAUAUCAGGAAAUUCCACUGCCUGUCUGCCCUCAGCAGGCCGUAUGUUCGGAGAUCUACGGUUUACAACGUCGUGGCCUGCCAGACCUGUAUCUGAACUACGUCAAGUGCACGUGUCCCGCGGGCUCCUACUGCCCGGAGAGGCCCGGCAGUCAGACGCUCCCCGCCGAUGACGACACCUGGUUCGGUCUUUGUCAGCUGGUAUCCAGCCUUGAACGCUGCGCUAACGGAGACGUCGCUCAGGAGAUGUGGCCGGAAGGACCGCAACUUAACGGCGUCGCCUUGACGACGGUGAAAUGCGUUUGUCCACGGAAGAAUCUGAUCGAGAGUCGCCAAUCUUCCAGCUGGACAGAGAGUAUAGCGGCGUCACCGGAAUCGAAAUAUGUCUACACUCUGGUUUGCUCAGACGAGUUGCAAGAUGACGGCUUGAUGACCAAAAGAGGAAGAUAUGGUGGCAGUGGAAACAGGGGGCGAUUUUAUUUCUAUAAAUAAACAUGCAUUAACAUCUUAUGAAAGACCAACGCGUCAAUGGCAAUCGUAGAAAUAAUAAAUCAAACACCUUUCAGUAAAUAUGUAUUUGUUUACACUAUGGACUUUUGUUACUUAAUAUUACUACAUGACCUAUU